AUGCUCCGAACAUCGCCACGCACAAACAACAAGACCUCCUCGCCCCGAUCAAGGGCUUGGUGGUCUAAGAGGCCUUCCGAGGACAAGACUGCUACUCCUACUCCAGAGCCCAGCAGAGCUGCCCGCUCUGCUCGAUCACAGCGACGAAACAGCUUUUCUUCUAGAUACAGCCCCGUCAACGACCCGAGAGUGGUGAGCUUUCUCGAGUCUAAUGCUCUCGUCACUGGCCCUGAUGGAGUCGUCGUCCGCCCUCCUCGCCACGGUUCCAAGCCCCUCGAGAUUGAGUCUCGAUGGAAGCAGGUUCACUCUCCUCCUACUCAGGAGGUUCAGGGUCUUGGCCUUACUUCGGAUUCCAAGGAAUCCCGACCUAAUCUUAAGAAACUUCAAAUGCUGGUCAAGAUGCCCAGCUUCUCCUCCAAGAACAACGCAUCUCCCAAGUCUCCCCACCAGAAGUCCAGGUCUGAAGACUUGAGGCCUACAUGGCAGACUGAAGACUACAGGCCACGACCUUACGAUCUCAGGCCUUAUGAUGCUAUCAAGCCCCAGUCUGAGGAGCCCAAGCCUCUUCCUCUUACCAGGAAGAUGUCUAACCUUGAUGAGCUGGCCCAGCGCUACCAGAACAUGAUGGAGGUUCGCGGUGAGAGCAAGGCUCUUCCCUCGCUCCCCACCCCUCCUACGACUCCUCCUACCGAGUCUGAGGAGCCCCUUCUGCUUCUGCCUCAAGCCUACUCCGGCUCCCCUUCCACUUCUUCCGAGUCCCGGUAUGAGCCCGAGCCUGUCCUCCGACAGUCGCGUGCCCAGCGAUUCGGAGCCAGCCUUGAAUCCAAGAACCUCAAGCAGAUUGACGAGCAGGGCAUUCACCCUCUCCAGGCCCACCCAUGGAACCAUCUGUACGAGAACCCCCAGGCUGCUGAGAUCCAAAGCGACAGCGACAGCAGCACCGCUUCCGAAGGCAGCUCCAGGACAUUCAGCAUUGGCAGCCUCUCUCCUCAGUCCGAUGUCACCCUCGUGGCCUUCCCUCAGGAGGACAACAUGCCUUUCAAGGAGGAUGCCAUCUACUUCAAGCCUGUCUCCUUCGGCCCUACCCCUCCUGCUACUCCUCCUCAGGACUACAAGCCCAGUGGUGCCUUCGGCUCUCCCGCAAUUGGCCUCGGCAUGUUGGCUCAGGACAUGGUCUGCUCUCUGGCCGAUGCUUCCCCUCGAGCUGGCAACAAGUUCGACAAGAUGCAGGUCGACAUCAUGAUUGAGACCUACGAGCGCCUCCGUGACAACAUGGCCACCAUGGGCGUCAGCCAGGAGGAGAUGGGCAACGCCAAGGCUGGAUUCGACUGCUGGCUCUCAGCUCUCAACUCCAUCCGCUGCGCCAUGGGAGAGGACAACAACGAGUGUGCUUGGAUCUAA